AUGUACUCUCUAUGGUUGGAAUUUAGAGAGCGUGGAGUUGGCCUUCCAGACGGUGUCAUGUGUUUCCCUGGAAGUGAAAUUCCAGAUUGGUUUAACAUUCAAAGUUGUGGAUCUUCUAUAGAGCUACCACAAGGUUCAUUCAAUCAUAAGUUUUUGGGUUUAGUCUUUUGUGCCUUUGUCGGAGUCCAAAAUUAUAAUCAUUCUUACAAAGGUGAUUAUCACAUGCAAAUUGAGUAUGAGUUGCAUUUGAAAUGCGAAGAUGGUUACAAUAGAGUUGCUAAAAAACAAUUUUCGGUUAAUGAACCCAAGAAUAUUGAGUCAGAUCACAUAUUCCUGGGGUAUAAUUGCAAUCAAUUUGAUUUCCGUGAAUUCCCUUGCAAUACGGAGGCCAUUAUCAAUUUCAGUUGCAAUAAGUUUUGUCUUCGUAAAAUUACUAAAGAUACGAAGGACAACAUCAAUUCCCAAGCCAAACUCUAUUUGAAGAAGUGUGGGAUCCGUUUAUUGUACACUCAGGAGUUUGAGGAACCUAUGAAAAGAUCCAGAUGUCCUGUCUUUGGCGAAGAGGAAGAGCAAGAAGAAGUACAGUCUAAGAGAUUGAAACCUUCAAAAUUCUUUAAAGGCGAAUCUGGCUCCAGGUCUGGGGUGCAUCUACUACCACACAAGAAAGAAGGGGAAGAGUUCAGUCCAACUACAAAUGAACCCAUUAGCUUUACUCUUUUUGAUUUGGAUGAAUUCCCUGGAGAUUUUAUUACAUCACCUAUUUCUAUUUCUGAUCCGGAUGAAGACAAUGAUGGAGAUUUGGUCAAAUCACAGCCCUUUACUUCUUUGGAUUUGGAUGAUUUCCCUCAAGAUUCUGUCAGUUCACCUAUUAUUAUUAUCUCUGAUUCGGAUAAAGACAAUGAUGGGUAAAACAUAGUGGAAGGGUCUGCCUUUAUGAUGAAGAUGAAUGACAACCUAAGGAAUUCAAAUUCUUUUGAAUGGGAAAAGCCUAUAUCUUGUACUUUCAUUUUGUGAUCAUAUUGGUAAGUCUGAAUUUCAAUUUCUGGCUCAAAUAUAUCUAUCUAAUUUUGCUCUCAUAUUCAAUAAAUAUUCAGUAAGUUCAGAAGCUGAAUGUUAUUUUCUAAUGAGAAUAAUAAUAUGUAUCAAUAUGAGGAUAUACUGCUUGGAUAAUUAUAGUUAUUUGUUAGUUUAUAUCUACAGUUAGAGAAAUAUUUAAAAUACUGUUUAUUCAUAUUUGCAAUUGUUAGAUAUUGUUUGCAAAAAUUAUCUCAAUUCAUUCAAAGUAUUGCGUCAAACAGUUCAUUUAUACUUUGGAUAAUUCAAAGCCUCUGAGAAAAAGUUAUCACAAUUUUACUAGUGAAACUGAAAAGCUCAAUUUUAUUUGUUCAAUAUGACAUUUUGAUAUGGUUUGGAUUUGAGCUUUGCUUAUAUAUUAUGUUUAAGUAGAAAAACUCAUGAUCCACAAUCUUUGUAUUGAUUACGUGAGAAUGGAAGACGCCAAGGCACUGCUACAAACUGGCACUAA